AUGUCGGUAGCAAGCGGAAUAAAACUUUACUCUUGUAGUACUCCUAAUGGAUUCAAAGUCUCGGUCUUAUUAGAAUUGUUGGGCCUCAAAUACGAUGCCCAGUACAUUGAUAUUAGCAAGAACGAACAAAAAGAAGACUGGUUCCUUAAGUUAAAUCCUAAUGGUAGAAUUCCAACUCUAGUUGAUUCGAGCACAGGAGUCACUAUCAGUGAGACUGCAGCAAUUAUGCAAUACCUUGUUGACACAUACGAUAAGAAUCAUAAAUUCUCGUACGAGUUAGGCACGAAAAAUUACUACUUGCAAUUGGAAACCUUGUACUUCCAAAUGGCAGGACUUGGUCCAAUGCAAGGCCAAGCAAACCAUUUCGUUAAGUUUGCUCCUGAGAAAAUUGAAUACGGUAUCAAAAGAUACACUGCUGAAACAAAAAGGUUGUAUUCAGUGGUUGAAGAGUACUUGAAACGUAAUCAGAAUAAUGGUUUGUAUCUUGUGGGCGAUCAUUACUGUAUUUCUGACAUUGCAAUUUUCUCGUGGGCCAAGUUUUUGAGUGGCCUUGACAUUGACAUAAAGCAAUGGCCAUUAACCAGUAAAUGGUUUGAUGCCUUAGACAAAUUACCAGAAGUUCAAAAAGGGUUCACUGUUCCUAGAGAAUCUGCUUUCCUCAAAAAGAAUUAG